AAGGCCAAUAGUCAUGGCGGUUCACCUGAACUGGUCUUUACCUACUAAGUCUUCCCUCGCUUUCCUCCAUCGGACCUUCCAAGAAGCUCCGGCUCCUCCCAGACUCCUCUCCGUCCGAUCUCAAAAGCUCAGCUCCGGUUCUGGAGAUCCAUUCCUUUCUAAUGCUUCCGGGUUCGGACCUAGGAAAUCCGCGAAUUUGGAUCGUCCAGAAGCUUCGAUCGGAUCUUCUGGUUCCUCUUCGUCUUCGGUUAUUGAUUUCCUCACAUUGUGUCAUCGGCUCAAGACCACAAAAAGGAAGGGAUGGAUCAAUAAUGGGAUAAAAGGUCCGGAGUCUAUUGCUGAUCACAUGUACCGCAUGGCAUUGAUGGCGUUGAUUGCUGGUGACCUUCAUGGUGUGAACAGGGAAAGGUGUAUUAAGAUAGCAAUUGUGCAUGAUAUUGCAGAAGCUAUUGUUGGAGAUAUAACACCAUCUGAUGGCAUUCCUAAAAAAGAAAAGAGCAGACUAGAGCGGGCAGCUUUAAAGGAAAUGUGUGAAGUUCUUGGUGGAGGGAUUAGAGCUGACGAGAUCAAAGAACUAUGGGAGGAGUAUGAAAAUAACUCUUCCUUAGAGGCUAAUCUUGUAAAAGAUUUUGACAAAGUUGAACUGAUUUUGCAAGCACUGGAAUAUGAAAUGGAACAUGGUAAGGUCCUGGAUGAGUUUUUCCAUUCAACUGCAGGAAAAUUUCAGACUGAAAUAGGAAAAAGUUGGGCAGCUGAGAUCACUUCAAGGAGAAAUUCAUGGUUGGGAAACAGGCCGAACUGAUCCUCUGGCUCAAUCACAGUUUUCAUUCAGCAAAGCCAAGAUGUCUUUUUGAAACUAGAUCAUGUAGCAAUCUCCUCUAACGAGAUAAUGUCCUCCUUAUUCACCUCUUUUUGUCCUGGAAUAUGGGAGGAUAAAUUAUUGGACUUGCACUCCAAAGCAAUUGAAACAUGGUUCCAUCAUCAGCAACCAAAUUACUGAAACUGUCAGCACUUUGAAAUUUGAGCGCACGGGAGUAUUAUAUCCUGUUGUAGUAUCAUGGUACAGAUGAUGUUCUCUUUUCCUUUGUCUUCCCUCUUAUCCUUACAUUCAUCAAAGAUGGUUUGACUUUAAUGACUGAUUUGUACUCAUCAAAGAUGGUGUGACUUUAAUGACUGAUUUGUACUUAAUUGAUAGCAGUGGGAAUUUUCAUUCUGCUUCCAA